GUUGUGGGCUGGGAAGGCACAUGAUUCCUGACUACGCCCCUGAACAUCAGAGAUGGGGAAGAGAGGGAAGGGAAGACAGGGGAGGAGGAGGAGAAGGAGGAGGAGGACUGCGUAAACUCCGCCUCUGCUCUCCGAUCCUUUCGCAUUCCUUAUUCACAGCCUUUCACGUUGAGCAUAGGGAGAGAAAAGGGAGAAACGCGAGGGACUUGCAGAGACGAAGGUGAAGAAAAGGAACAAGAAGAAGCAGUAGAAGAAGGGGAGCAGCGAAACGACCAUGGCAAUAUUCAAAACAUCUCAGCCUGAGAUAGUGUCGGACCACAGCGCACCUCCACCCCCGUCGACCAAGGCUCGGAGCUUGCAGUCGCACAAUAGACAGAGUCCAGAUGAAUGAGGGUCUACACCUGGGCCGUGGACAAAAUGAGGGUCAUCUUCAUCCAAAACGCCGGUUUCGUCGCAGCUUUCUCUCCUCGUAGAUGUGAGCCGGUGAUGUUAGCAGCGUUUAAGGUGAAGGAGUCACAAUUAACCACAGACAGAUCAUGCCAGUCAGUUGAUGAGUGAGAUCAGACCAGUUUAUAAAGGCAUUAUUCAUAUUUUUUACUGUUAUCGGAAUAGAUAUCGCACAUAUAUGUAACAUUAUUUUUUAAACCGAAAGCGCGUUCAGCUUCCGGCAUGCGCGUGCUGCCGAAAUCUGAAAGAUGCCAUAUUUUAUGACAAUGUUGCCAUUAUAAUUAAUUUGUAUCCAUUAAUAGUAGACUAUGUAUCCGGUUAUUAGAGGCCGAUAAUGUCCUGUGAUGUAGGCUUGUCGCGCUUUAACCCGCUAGUAGACUGAUAUUAUCAUGAAGACGUAGGAGGAGAAGGCUCGCUUCGAUCGCUUUGAUCAAAGUCUAUUGAUCAGCCGAGACAAUCUGGAAAUGUUCGUUUCCACGUGUAAUGUAAUAUGACUAGCAAGCCACGCGUUAUUCCUUUAUAAUUUAUUUAUUUAUUAUUAGGCCUAUAAGUAUUAUAUCAUCAGUUUUUAAUAGUUACUUUGUGAUAUUUAACGGGGAGUGGGGGGGAGAACGCUUGUUAAAACGCGUCCCUUUGUAUAGUGACAUGGAAACUGCAUAUUUAUCGCUCCACGGUCGGGGCGCAAUUACGCGUCCCGAGACCCAGAAGGGUCAAAGAGGUGACCUCUCCCGUUCACCUCCACUUCUACCUGUCGACAUCUCACCUGAGGAGGUGUCGGCCAGUAGCGACGGACGACGCAACUCGGGCGUGAAGAAGCACCAUCACAAGCACAACCUGAAACACCGCUACGAGCUGCUGGAGACGCUGGGACGAGGCACCUACGGAAAGGUCAAGAAGGCCAUCGAGAGGCACUCAGGCAGAGAGGUGGCUAUCAAGUCCAUCCGGAAGGAGAAGAUCAAGGAUGAGCAGGACAUGGUUCAUAUUCGCCGAGAGAUUGAGAUCAUGUCAUCCCUCCGUCACCCGCACAUCAUCUCUAUAUAUGAGGUGUUUGAGAACAAGGACAAGAUUGUGAUCGUUAUGGAGUAUGCCAGCAAGGGCGAGCUGUAUGACUACAUCAGUGAGCGCAGGCGCCUAAGUGAGCGAGAGACGCGACAUUUCUUCAGGCAGAUAGUCUCCGCCGUACACCACUGCCACAAGAAUGGAGUGGUGCACAGGGAUCUUAAACUGGAAAAUGUGCUACUGGAUGAAAACUGUAAUAUUAAGAUUGCUGACUUUGGGCUGUCAAACCUCUACCAUAAGGACAAGCUGCUGCAAACCUUCUGUGGCAGCCCACUCUACGCUUCACCAGAGAUUGUCAAUGGGCGACCGUACCGUGGUCCAGAGGUGGACAGCUGGGCUCUGGGGGUGCUGUUGUACACCCUGGUUUAUGGGACCAUGCCAUUUGAUGGGGGAGACCACAAGAACCUCAUUCGCCAGAUUAGCAAUGGCGAUUACAAAGAGCCCACUCAGUCCUCAGAUGCCCGUGGACUGAUCCGCUGGAUGCUGAUGGUGAACCCUGAGCGCCGGGCCACAGUGGAGGACAUAGCCAAUCACUGGUGGGUGAACUGGGGCUGGAAGAACAGUGUGUGUGACUGUGAGACCCAACGCGACCAUGGAGGCUCACCCAUGCUGGCUCGCUUCAUCGACUGGCAGAACCGCACUGAGCCACGUGGUUCUGGAGCCAAAGCCGCAGCCAUGCCUCCAGUGCUGCGCCAGAGGCCCAAAAAGUCCAAGAAGGAAAAUGUUGAGGAAGGACAGACCCACUGUGGAGCAGAGGACAAGCCAGGUCUGAAGAGGCCCAAGGGGAUCCUGAAAACCAGGGUUACUGAGGAGCAGCAGACUGCCUGUUUGGAGGAGGUGGAGUUGGGUCAGAUGGCACUGCCGCAACAAGUUGAUGGGGGAGAGGAGGCCUCAAGUCCAGAUCGUGAGGAAGAGGAGCCAACUCUGGGAGGAGGCUCACCAGCUAAGAUGGUGCCAUCUCUACCCAAGAAAGGCAUCUUGAAGAACAAUCAACAGCGGGAAUCAGGGUACUACUCCUCACCAGAGCGUAGUGAGUCCUCCGAGCUUUUAGGGGGGGCCAGUAUGUCUCUAUUAGCCACCUCCCCACCCAAGAGAAUGAUGGGGAGAAAAGGCAUCUUGAAGCGAAACGGCAAAUACUCCACCUACAGCGGGCCACCCUCAGCAGAGGCAGUGGCUGGAGUUCUUCCUCCAUCAACUGACUCAGGUCUGUCUCGCAGUCAGAGUCGACCUUCCAGUAUAGUUGGGGAGGACAGCUCCGUUCUGUCCCUGUCACCAAUCUCCCUUGGCGGCGCUGAGUGGCAUUCCUCCACCCCCCACCUCCGCCCAAACAUCAGGGCCUGUGUCUCAGCUGAAAACCUGCUGCAGCUUGCCAACUUCAAGGGCUUCCAGGCAGCUCCACCACUCCAGGGAUCCAAGCUCAGCCGUGGCCCCAAAAUGAAAGGCUCCCCAGGGGACAAUGGCAGCUUCUCCUUGCUGGGCGACCUUGAGGACAUGACUCAGGUGUACCAGCAAGCCCUGGACAUCAGCAACAACCUCACCUAACAGAUGGGUGGCAGAGAGAGAGAGAGAGAGAGAGAGAGAGGGAGCGAGAGAGAGAGAGAGAUAAGCUGAGGAGAUUAAACCUGACAGUGUGUGUGUUUGUGUGUGCUGAUGUAUAUGGGUGGCAGCAACGACCAGUGUAUUACUGGGAAACACCUUUUUUUUUAGAGGUUAUGGCUUCAAAUGAGACUGAAUUGAUGGGUAUAAGAUGUAUAUCUACGCACACACAUGCACACACAGAUGUAAACGCUUAGGUGCACUUCUUUGGUCAGAGGAAAUCAGUUUUGUGAACAGGAGAGAGAAGGAGCUGGCACGAGAGAAUGCCACCCAGUCUGCUCUCUCGGCCCGCCCAUAGACAUUGCUGUGUUCAACAUGUUUACAUAUUCAGCAAGAAGGCGAGUUAGAAUCACAAAUGCAGCAAACCAGGAACUGGUUGGCUCUCCCUGUACUCCACCCAGUUUGAGUUUGAGUUUACAAAAGCACCUUAAAACUCACACAGAGCACACGCUUUUGUGAUCUUUACUUCCUUUAAAAACAAACAAACCAGGGUCUUGUUCCAAAAAUAACUGAUAUAGCUGAUUAUUUAUUAAUUUUAUUAAUUUGUUUGUAGCUUUUACUUUUAAUUGCAAAACUGGUGGGCGCUGGCUGUUACUGGAAGAGUCCAAAACUCCUUGUCUCCAACUCUUUGAGUGGAACUGACAUAUAUAAUUAUGUUGCUCAAUUAUGAGAAACAACAUAUAUAUAUACUCUGCGUAUAUAACUAUGUUGGUGCAUGUAAAACACAUAGACAAUUAUACCUUCAUAAAAGUGUAUGUCCUAUAUAUAUGUAUGAUUCUAUGGAAUAUGUAGGAAGUGCCUUUUUUGAAUCAUGAUAACAAUUAUGUAUGUCAUUUCCUUAAAAGUGGAGGAAAAAGCCAGGCUGACCUGUCACCAGUUUUUUGUUUCGUUUUUCUUUUCUUAUGUUGUUUAUGAAUGUGGAGACACCCAGGGCCUUCACUGCACAGCUGACUAGCUUUACUUAUUUUGGGGUUCAAAGGUCAAUGUGAAACAGUUGAGAUCAAGCGGUCUCGUGCCCCCCUCUCCAGCUCCUUCCACAAGUGGAGUCUUGCACACGGGCAGCCUCAGAACAGCCUCCGCUGUGGUCUUUGUCAGCAUCUAAGCCCAUAGUUUGGUUCGUCAGUAGUUCAGGUGGCUUGGUUGAACACAGAUUCACUGGCAUCAGCAGCACAGGUCUGCAGGGACUCUCAUCAAGUGGGACAGUCAGUGACGGGGGAUGUCGCAGACACCAUCUCACUGUCCUGGAAUGUGCCUGGUUCUUUUAACUUUCUUGUAAUUUCAUGGACCUAGCUGAUAAAAUAGGCUCUUAGCUGAAAGACAUCUUUUACCAGUGUGUUUUUGUUUUCCAGCGUUGGACAGGUUAAUAUUUUACCCUUUAAAAGAGCUUUGUAAGGUGGUUUGUUUUGGCCGGCUGAUGACACAGCAAAUUCCUCAGACAAAUAAUGCUAGAGACAUGUUGGUGCUAGAGAUCUCUAUCGGCCUCAGCCCGACUCAGCACAGGUGGGACCGUCGGUCCAUGCUGAGCUCUCCAGCUGUGUAUACUUGUCCAUUAUUCCAACCAAGCACAAUUAGCCUGCUAUUGUUUUCGUUUGUGUGUAACUAGAGAGGCAGCGCGUAGAGAUUUAUAGCUAGAGGGGAAAAGAAAAGUGUGAAGAGAAGAAUGUGAAAGAGUGAUGCACGGAGCAGUGUUGAGAUUGGAGAUGACUUUCCUGAGAAACACAGGAAAUGUCAAGGAGUCAGACUUGUUUUUGGAGGGAAGUGUACUGUAGAUUUGUGAAAGUAAAGUAAGUGAGUAGAAAGGGUAGAUGGAAAGUUUUUUGUUUGAUACCAAAGAUGUGUUGAAACUUUGACUGGAUUCAGGGGAAUUAAUAGGUCAUGGACUAAUGAGAGCCCUUAGGAUUUUACUUUGACAUGGGAACCCCCCACUGGUGAAUGUAAUCAUCCCUGCGUUGGCUUUGAGAUGCUGGAGGCUGUUGAUAUUGAGGGUCGGUGUGUGACUCAUGUUUUUUUUUUUUUUUUUUUUUUAUGGCAUUAGAAAAGUGUGUUACUUUUCAACAGCAGCAAAAAAAAAGUGGGAAAACGAUGACUGACAUCAUCCAAAAUAUCAAAUGACGUGGAUGGAAAACCAUGCAGUAGAUGACCCCAAGGGACGAGAUCACAUGUUGAAUGUUUUCAGUGGCUCGUGUGAGGGAAUGGUCCUGGGUACUGAUUUAAAUGAAAAAUCCGCUGCGCAUUAUAUUGCAUUUUAUUGCCUAUUGUAUUGCAUUUUAUUGUCAACUGGAUUUACAGUGAAAAAAUUAUACUAUGUUAGUAUUUUGUUUUAUUAUGCUUCUGUUUUUGAUUUUCCAAAAUAUAAGAAACUUUAUAUUGCUUUAUGUUAUGGCAGAAAAUACUUCCUUCCUUGAAGUGUUAAAAUUUCUCUCCAAAAACAGACAAAUUGGUGUAUUUUCUUCUGGAGAAGCCAUCAAGAGCCUCCAGAUGCAGAACUUCAAUUAUCAAUUAAAAUCUCAUGGAAUAUGGAAACACGUACUUAAUAUGUUAACAGCAGACUUUGAAUUUAUUGAAUUUAUGCCUCUACCAAAGCAUGGAAAGACCAAAAUGCUAGAAUAAAACCAUGAAAAAAGGAAAUAAAGCAAUAGAAAUAAUCUGAUUAUGAAACUUAAACUCUGCCAAACUGGAAAUAACUGGUGCAUAACUGUUAGUUAGCAGAAAGUCUAAUCAUAGGAAAACUUGACUGGAUAUUGUUAUGACAAUAAUAAUAAUAAAUUAGUAUUAAUAUGUUAUUUAAAGUAUUAUUUUGUUAUGGCUCAUUACUAUGGUUGGCUUCGCCACAGUGUUUUCUCUGUUGAUGAUCCUGGACUGCCAAGGUAGUGUGAUGUGUGCCUUUGGUAUCUUUAAUUAAUUUUUUUUUUUUUUUUUUUUUAAUUUGAUAAUGAAAAUUAUUAUCAAUGUGUUUUUAUACUUGUAUUUAUUGGUGAUCAAGCCAUUUAAUUUGUUGUCAGAAUGCUCCAUGUCCAUGCUUCAGCCUGCUUUGGGCAUCGUGUUGUGUUAAGAAAGGACAAUACACAAACAUGUGUUCGUUCAAAAUAGAGGGGUGUCAUCUUAUUGUGAAGGCAGAAUAGCAUAGAUUAGAAUGCCUUUUGCCAUUGCACAUUGCAAAGAAAUUUGCAAGGCAGAGCUCAAGUCUGAAAUUUUAAGAGUAAGAUAUCAAUUAGGAGUCCUUCAAAUCUUGUAAAAUGUCUUAAUUCAUGCAUUUGGGUGCAUUUCUACUCAACACAAUGCCUCUGUAGUACUGUAUCAACUCAAAUAAAUGGAUCUUGAAAGUUAA